UGUUGUCAUCAUAAAUUCCCAUUCCCUCCAAAUAGGCUUAUUUCAACGGUUUUCUUUUCACCGCGAAACUCGGUUUUGGUUUCUCUGAUUGUAGAGGAAGAUGGAGGAGUAUUUGCAGUACAUGAAAACUCUGCGCUCUCAAAUGAAUGAUAUGGAGGAUGAAGCGGCGAAGAUUUCGGUCGAAGAGGAAAUGCAAUUGACAAACAUACGCACUUUGGAAAAGGACAUCGACUUAGCAAAAUCUGGAAUUACGCAAUUCAAGGAAGACAGUGAGAAGAUGAAGGCAGUGAAGGGUGAGAUAUGCUCAAAGAUAUUGGAAAAGCAGAAAAGGAUUGCCUCUUUGGAGUUUGACAUAUCCAAACUCUCCCAGACUUUGGAGCUUAUUCAGCAAGAGAAAGUUGGGCUAUCUGCCAAACUUUCAGAGAAGAGAGCCUACUAUAGCAAGGUUGCAGAGGAAAUGAGUGCCAAAUUACAGAAGCAACAGGAAUGGGUCAGUACUAAGAAGAUUAACAGAGAACUGAAAGAGCAUGAUUUGGUCACAGAAAAAGUUGUUGGGCAAAGAAGUAAAGCUAAAGGGAAGGCUGGUGCUGAUGAUAACCUUGUCAUGGAUAACGUGGGAAAUGAUGUAAAGAAGAAUUUAAUCACUGAAUUGGAUUCAGCUAAAGCAAGGCUUGAUGAUAUUCUUAUUCUGAAAGCCAAGGUUCUUACGGAGAACAAGAAGAUAAAACUGGCUAUUGAGGAUGUGAAGUGUAAAGAAAAUGAGUUUAAGCCAGAGCUAAAAGCAGCAGAUGUAACUGCUCUUGAAGAGGAAUAUAACGCCCUUUUGUCAGACAAAGCAGGAGAAACUGAGUACUUGCGAUCUCUAGAGAAACAAGUUGAGAAACUUAAGGAGAUAAGUCAUGUGGUAAAAUGUGCUUGUGGAGAGGAAUACACAGUUGCAGUGAAUAGAAAACUGAUGACAUUGUCCAGUGAGAGACUUGGUCAACAUACCAGUUCAUCAUUGACAUGUUUACCAAUUGGAUGUGAACAAUGGUGAAUUACAUGAGACAGUUUAUAUGCUAAUUUUAUAAGGCACAAUGUUAACAAUUGCGGAAAGCGGAAAAUGGCGGAAAGCCAGUAACGGAGUCUAUUAUUUAUAUUGCUUAGAAAUUUUCACUUCAAAAUCGAGACAACAUAAAGAGCUUUUCCAAUCAAUGUGGCAAACACAAAGAACCUACAAAAUCAUGAUAACAUGACCCAGUUACGCAUUUUACGCAGAUAUGGUGUCCUUUUUCUCUUGUUGAUCCAUGGUAUCACAAAGAGCUACCCCUAUGGUCUCUGGCAAACAAACCAAUGUCAAACAGGAUGACAUUAUAACUACU